AUGUUGGUCUCAGAAGAGGCCUGGCAUCACCUUGGGCGACCCCUGACGUAUUCAGAAAAGGUGCUUUUCGCUCAUGCCGACAAUAUCGGCGAUGAGCCCCUACACCGCGGCAAGACGCAGCUCAAACUACGUCCUCGGCGAAUCGCAUGCCAAGAUGCGACAGCUCAGAUGGCAAUCAUCCAAUUCAUGUCAGCUGGUCUCGACUCCACUGCCGUGCCUACGACUGUUCACUGCGACCAUCUUAUCGUCGGCAGGACUGGCCAGGAUGAAGACCUCCCGCAGGCCCUGAGCACGCAUAAGGAGGUUUACGAUUUUUUGUCAAGUGCAUGCAAACGGUAUGGCAUGGGCUUUUGGAAACCUGGUGCUGGAAUCAUCCAUCAAACUGUUCUUGAGAACUAUGCUUUUCCGGGAGGCAUGAUGGUCGGCACAGACUCACACACCCCUAACGCGGGCGGAAUGGGGAUGAUUGCAAUUGGUGUAGGCGGCGCCGACGCGGUUGACGUGAUGGCUGGGUUGCCUUUCGAGUUGACUGCACCGCAUAUCAUUGGCGUGAGGCUGACGGGACAGCUGUCGGGAUGGGCUACGCCCAAGGAUGUCAUCAACAAGUUGGCAGGCAUUCUUACAGUCAAAGGUGGGACUGGAGCUAUCAUCGAGUUCUUUGGCCCCGGCACUGAGUCUCUUUCUGCAACUGGCAUGGCCACCAUUUGCAACAUGGGCGCUGAGACGGGCGCCACAACUUCGAUUUUCCCUUACUCUGAGGCGAUGAGAUCGUAUUUGCAAGCGACGCAUCGCCACGAUAUCGCCGAUGCAGUGCGCUUUGCAUCCUCAGAGUUGCGAGCGGAUGAAGACGCCCAGUAUGAUAGAAUCAUCGACAUCAACCUCUCUGAGCUGGAACCCAUAAUCAACGGACCAUUCACACCCGACCUCUCAACACCGAUUUCAAAGCUGUCAGACGCAGUGGAUAAGGAAGGUUGGCCAAAGGACUUGACUGCAGGACUCAUUGGUUCUUGCACGAAUUCCUCAUUUCAAGAUAUGUCGAGGGCCGCGGAGUUAGCGAUACAGGCGGUGGACGCCGGGCUUCAGCCGAAGAUGCCGCUCUUUGUGUCUCCCGGAAGUGAGCAAACGAGGAAGACACUGCAGGAGAAUGGAGUACUUCAGGUGUUUGAGGAGCUUGGAAGCAAGCUAUUGACGAAUGCUUGUGGCCCGUGUUGCGGUUCUUGGGAUCGUCAAGAUAUGGAGAAGGGCGUCAAGAACUCUAUUCUCACAUCCUACAACCGCAACUUCACUGGCCGUCUCGACGGGAACCCAGCCACUCACAUCUUUCUAGCCUCACCAGAAAUGGUCAUGGCGAAAAUAUUCUCAGACGACCUCAGUUUCAACCCCACUUCGGACUCUAUUGUCACCCCCUCAGGCUCUGAAUUCCGCUUCAAGCCUCCGGGUGGAGAGGCUCUACCAUCUCGGGGAUACGCCAACACCGACUACGUCUAUAGCCCUCCACCAACGACAGGGCGUAACGAAGUCGAAGUCCAGAUUGCGGAGACAUCCAAGCGCCUCCAAAGACUGGCCCCUUUUGAGCCUUGGCACGGACAGGACUUUGAAAAUUGUGCUAUUCUGAUCAAGGUUCAGGGCAAGUGCACAACAGAUCACAUCACGCCCGCUGGCCCGUGGUUCGCCUACCGUGGCCACCUUGGGAACAUCUCAAACAACACUCUGAUUGGAGCUGUGAAUGCCGAAACGGGCAAGGUCAAUCAAGUAAAAAACUGGUUGACCGGUGAAGACGGUGAUGUUCCGGGUACCGCGCGGGCUUAUAAAGAGGCCUCGCAACCCUGGGUCGUGAUCGGCGACCAUAAUUAUGGAGAAGGCUCGUCCCGUGAGCAUGCAGCGUUACAGCCGCGCUACCUUGGAUGCGUGGCUAUCAUGGCCAAGAGCUUUGCGAGGAUUCACGAGACUAAUCUGAAGAAGCAAGGACUGCUGGCGCUGAAGUUUGUGAAGGAAAGCGAUUAUGAACGGAUAAGCUCGUCUGACCGCAUCAGUAUUGUGGGUAUCAAAGAUUUGCAACCAGGGAAGAACCUUGAGGUCAAGAUUACGCCAACAACAGCAGGUCGAGAAAGCUUCAGCAUCCAGCUGAGUCACACAUUGACAGGCGAGCAGAUUGAGUACUUCAGAGAAGGAAGUGCACUGAACCUGAUGGCGAAAAGGAAACACUCGAAAGAGGUUUUACUAUAA